AUGCAGUCACUUGUGAGACACGGCGGAUGUUCGUCCAGUCCCCAAACGGGCAAACAAAAUGUGGACGCGCUCUGGCGAUACAUCUUGGCAAGCCUAAUUGUAAACGCUGUUGGCAUCUGUCGUUGCGACCUCUCAAGGUCCAAUCCGCUGGAAGCCUGCCACACCAAAAGGUUAAUCCCCAAGGCUGAGAAAGCAAAGGAAAUCAAAGCCUCGUCAUCGCCAAGAGCAAUAUUUUGUGAUGCUCUCGCACGGCAUCCUGAGGUUUCAGCAUGCGCCUUGCUGAGUCUGCUGGGCUCAUCGUUUGCCGUGUUUGUUCUACAAAGGAUUGUGGUGUUUCUGCUCACUACGUAUCUUUUCGCAUCAAAGCCAAUUGGUGUGGCUAUUUCACAACAACAACAACAACAACAACAACAACAACAACAACAACAACAACAACAACAACAACAACAACAACAACAACAACAACAACAACAACAACAACAACAACAACAACAACAAAUCGUUAAACCACAGCCGUUUUUAAUACUUGAUCAGAGAGAUAGUGAUCCAGACAAGCAGAGAAGAAAGCUUAGGGUGAGAUUUGGCAAAAACAACCAGGCCCGAGACCUACUCGUGGGAGUCGUGGCGGACCCUGCAAAAGAAAUUCUUCGACGUGUUCAUGCAAUAUUGUGGGAGCCCCGUGCCACGAUCGGCUAA